AUCCCGACUGGCUGAUUACCACACCAACUGCCAAGCCACUUUCCAGUCCCUGACCAGCUGCCCCAGGGACAACUACCAGGCAUGUCUGGGCUCCUAUGCAGGGCUCAUCGGUUUUGACAUGACACCCAACUACAUCGAUGCCAGCACCACCAACAUCACCAUCUCACCCUGGUGCUCCUGCAAAGGCAGUGGCAACAUGGAAGAAGAGUGUGAGAAGUUCCUCCGGGACUUCACGGAAAACCCGUGUCUCCGAAACGCCAUCCAAGCCUUUGGCAAUGGGACUGAUGUGAACCUGUCCCCCAAACACCCCUCUGCCCCCGUCACUGUGCCCCCCAAGACGGAGAAGGGUCCUGCCCUGCCGGACGACGUCAAUGACAGCAACACCAUGUAUGACACGAGCAUCAUCACCACCUGCACCUCUGUCCAGGAGCAAGGACUGCAGCCAAACAAGUCCAAAGAGCAGAGCCUGUGCUACUCAGAGACCCAGCUGACCACGGACGUGAUGCCAGACCAGAAGAGCUUUGUGGACCCGAAGGCAAGCGGCAGCCACCACCGGGUGGGCUGGAUCCUGCCCCUCCUGCCCCUCCUGCUGCUGCUCUUGGCCUUAUAG